AUGCCCUCCCUCACUCUAACAGACCCGGACAUGAUCCUGCCGUACGAAGGCGAACGCGAAUCCCAAACCCCCUCCCCACCGCGAAUCGCCUACUUGUCGCAUCUCAAUUCCCGCCAAUCAAACCCCAAUGCCUCCACGUCGGCACCCAGUCGACAGAAGAAAAAUUUUUCCCGCCAUGCCUGGACACACGACGACGUGAAUGUCAGCCGCCGUCUCUCGGAUAUUGGCGAGGAGCUCUCGCCGGACAGAUCGGAGGGAUUCGGCUAUGCGGAUGAACAAGAGCUGGCCAGCUCACCGCUACUGCAUGAGCGCGACGAUCAGCACAGGGAUAAUGCUGCGUGGAGUAGCUCCAAUUCCACCAUCAGUGCGGGGAGCAGACGCGCUUCCGCUUCUAGAGAUGUGCCUGAGGCGCAUAACGGACGCGACGAAUCCCCCGUUGACCCCGAGAUCGCGAGAGCGCAAGCUACCGUGGUCGUUGGAACCGCAGGGUGUUCUUCUGUGCCGGCUAGUAGCGCCGUGGCGUCUGCAGCUGCAGAUGGCAAGGGGCCCGGAGAGGAGUUUUCCUCGGCGAUACUGAGUAGCGAGGCGGAGAGGAUCCUGGAGAAUGCGAAGAAACGGUUGAAUCUUAUGGAAAACAAUCUCACUCGAGCUCGGUCGACGACGCCCCGCACGACCGCCUCGCCCUCGCCCUCGAAUUCCGGCUAUAUCCAGCCGAUGGGUAUGCACCAGCCCGUGGGCGGACUGUAUCGGUCGAUUUCACGCACGGAUCCUAAGAACUCUUCGCUUCGACGGCAGUCGCUUAUUGCGUCGCAGGAUACGACGAAUAAUCGUCAUUCGAGAGUGCACUCCGAAACGAAUAUUCCGUCUGAUCUGAGCUUCUCUGAUAACAAGCGCAUCUCGCGCUCUGUCAGUGCAAUGGGCGCGAGCACUUCGUCCAGUCUUCAUACUGAUGAUCGGUCGUUCCAUUAUGCACCUACGAGGGCGUAUCUGACGCACCGGUCAUCGGUUUCUUCUAUGCAGCCUCCGAGACAUGGGAAUGACCAGGAGCGACAGGACCAGGCGCCGCAGUCACCUGUUUCCACCGGAGACAGUUCGUCGGAAUCGCCACAUGGCUUGGGCAUUUCCUCAGAGGAGGAAUCGAAAUCCAGCCCGGAGGGUUUCAGUCCAGUCUACAGCUCCUUUGGUCCCCCUAGCCGCGCGCAGUCGCAACUGCAGGUGCGAGAUCUCCAGUAUCAGAUGAAGGGGCUUCACAUCAAGAUUUCUUCUCUCAAGGUGAAGAAUCAGGAGGAUAAUCUUCGCCGGCGCAGCUUGCAAAGCCUGCGAACGCCCAGCCCAUUGACGGCAGCCGAUCACUGGUACGCAAAUGCGCUAGAGCUCAGAGAUGGCCAGGGCAGUCGUGGCUCCGAUCCCCGACGUGACGCCAGUUCUGAAAACAUCCGGGAUGCCUCGAAUGGCGGAGCGGCACAAGAUCGACGCAGAUCCGAUGAACAUGCCGCUGGGAACACAUCCAAACACGCCGGGAAUUGGCAAGGCAAUGAGCCUGCGGACUAUGCCGAUGAUCAAUCCGUUGCCGAGACCAUGUAUGAAGAUGCUGAAGAAGGUGAUUUCGAUGAGGACAUUGACCGCGAAGCUCUGGAUGAGAUCUUACGUGAACCGCUUGACGAUGACCUCGAGAACGACCUGGAAGCCUUCCCUAACGUACCCUCGCACACAGAUGCGACUCCCCACGAGAUGCGCGAGGAUGCAUUCGACUAUGAGCAUUUCAUCUUGCAUAGCGCACUCGGCAACUACACCCAGCAACUCCGUCGGGUGAGCAACGGCUCGAACGGAUCAGUCGAGACAACUCGGCCCGUAUACACAGCGCGACACUCCCGUACUAACAGCAACAUGUCCGACUCGACAGUGGCGACCUUCGCAACCGCAACCGAAGGCGAGCGUCCCGACGAGGACGACAUUGACAGCGUGAUGUACUGGGACCGACGGUUCAAUCAUGGUGCGUUCCCACGAUCCAUUUCCCCUGGCGUUUCCGACACUAAUCCUUGGACAGAGCUGCGACACGGACAUAGCCAUGGCCAUUCCCAAUCCCAUGCUCACGGUCAGCCCCACAGCCACAGCUACCAACCAAGUCCAAUCCAAGAGCUUGAGGCUGAAGGUGAUCGCUCCGAAACACCCCGCGGACCACGAUACGACGAAAGCGACACCAACCAAGUGGAACCGAACAACCUUUCCCCUCAGAAACUUACUGGCCGCUCAUCCUCAGCUACAGCCGGUUCCGCAACACCAACCUCCCUUGUCUCGUCCCUCGUGUCGACCGUGCGCGCGGCAUCCAGCACCCCCAGUGUCGGCGGCAUCAAUGAUGAUGACACACAGAUGCUGGAAGCACUCUUCGCCAGCCUGGGUAACGUUUGCAUGGAUCUUCAGGCCAUCACGACCUCUUCGGAUCCAGAUGUGAAAGCUGCGCGUGUGCUGCGGCGUCGUCUGGAUGCGGCGCGGAGAGUGCUGGAUGGAGAGCUUGAUGCUUGA